GCCGAGUUUCCGCGAGAUCAGGCGCUGUUGAGGGUAACUGGGUCCUGUGCCGUGAGGCGGGAAGAGGCAAGUGGGAGCUGGACGUCCGUGCGGAGGGUGACCGGGCUGAGGAAGUCGGUUCUCAGGGCUGGCGCGGGGUGUCUGACAAGGUGGAAGUGAGGCUGUCUAACUGGGAGUGGGGUCUUAUGCCAGUGCUUGGCGCCUAGGUAAAAGCACAGUUAGGACCCCUUUUAAAAAUCUUUUCCCCGGAGGAGCUCGCGCAAGGGCUACCCCCUGGAUUUGCAUUCUUUCACCCUGUUGGUCUGACUUCAGUUCCCAAAAGUUGCAGAAACUGAAGUUUAUCGAGGUUAAGUCACUGAACCAAGAUCUGUUCACUUCCACUUGAUGGGUGAUUGUGCAUUUGGUAUAAAGUACUGUGUUCAUGAUUGAAUAAUGGAACAACAGUAGGACUUUUAAAAUGUUGCCCACUAAGAGGAGAAGAACUACAGUGACUGAGUUGCCACAGCAUCAGGGCAACCAGGAGGAAAAUGACUUAGACCUGGAGUCAGCCGUUAAACCAGAAUCUGACCAGGUUAAAGACUUGAGGUCAGUGUCACUGUCCUGGUGUCAAAGUCAUGGUACAGCAGCUGGCCUCGAAGUUCAAUCCAUGCAGGAUGCAGGAAAUCAGCUUGGUAUGGAGGAUCCAUCUUUAAGCUCUAGGGUACUCAACCAGGACACAAGUACACCAGUUCUAGAAGCUGUCGAUGUGGCCAUCUCUAAAGGCAUCAGCCUUCCUUCCUUGGAGUCUUCCCAGCCCCUUAACAUACAUGUUGAUAAAGAAAAACUCCAAGCCACUGGCUCAAGGAGAGGGAAGAAGUUGACACUCAGGCCCAAGCCAGUUACCCAAGAAGACAGAGGUGAUCAUCCCAUCACAAAGGAGCCUUUUUCAGGAGAGCCUAGUGAAGAAGUGAAGGAAGAAGGAGGAAAACCUCAGAUGCAUUCUGGAGGAGAGAUGUCUUUACAGCCAUCAGGCAGCCACUCUGUACAACCAGGAGCCCAACCUAGGAAAUCAUCUCAGCUAGAUACCUGUGCCUCGCCUCAAGGAAAGCCACUCAGGACUUCAGAUCACCAAGCCGAAGAAGAGAUAGAGGAUGACGGGCUAUUUAUUCCAAUGGAAGAGCAGGACAUUGAAGAAAGUGAGAAAAGGCAGAAAAAGAAAAAAGGUACCAAAAGGAAACGAGAUGGGAGGGGUCAAGAAGAAGGGACUUUGACUUAUGACCUGAAACUGGAUGAUGUGCUUGACCGAACCUUAGAGGAUGGUGCUAAGCAGCACAAUCUGACAGCCGUUAAUGUGCGAAACAUCCUUCAUGAAGUAAUCACAAAUGAACAUGUGGUAGCAAUGAUGAAAGCAGCCAUCACUGAGACAGAAGAUAUGCCAAUGUUUGAGCCCAAAAUGACACGCUCUAAACUUAAGGAAGUGGUAGAAAAAGGAGUGGUAAUUCCAACAUGGAAUAUUUCACCAAUUAAGAAGGCCAGUGAAAUUAAGCCGCCUCAGUUUGUGGAUAUUAACCUUGAAGAAGAUGACUCCUCAGAUGAAGAGUACCAGCCAGAUGAUGAAGAAGAAGAUGAGACUGCAGAAGAGAGUUUAUUGGAAAGCGAUGUUGAAAGUACUGCUUCAUCUCCACGUGGAGCAAAGAAAUCCAGAUUGAGACAGUCUUCUGAGAUGACUGAAACAGAUGAAGAGAGUGUCAUAUUAUCAGAGGCUGAGAAAGUCACCACGCCUGCCAUCAGGCACAUCAGUGCUGAGGUAGUGCCCAUGGGGCCCCCGCCCCCGCCAAAACCCAAACAGACCAGGGAUAGUACUUUCAUGGAGAAGUUGCAUGCUGUGGAUGAGGAACUGGCUUCCAGUCCGGUCUGCAUGGAUUCUUUCCAGCCAAUGGAUGACAGUCUCAUCGCAUUCCGAACCCGCUCUAAGAUGCCUCUGAAAGAUGUUCCCCUGGGGCAACUAGAGGCAGAGCUCCAGGCUCCAGACAUCACACCAGACAUGUAUGACCCCAAUACAGCAGACGAUGAGGACUGGAAGAUGUGGCUCGGGGGACUCAUGAAUGAUGAUGUGGGGAAUGAAGAUGAGGCAGAUGAUGACGACGAUCCAGAAUAUAAUUUCCUGGAAGACCGUGAUGAACCAGACACGGAGGAUUUCCGUACUGACCGGGCAGUGAGAAUCACCAAAAAGGAAGUGAAUGGACUGAUGGAAGAGCUGUUUGAAACUGAAAACCCAUCGUUUCCAUCUCAUUUUCCUCAGUUUCAAGAUGAAAUGGGAUUCCCCAACAUGGAAGAUGAUGGCCCAGAGGAGGAGGAACGUGUGGCUGAGCCUCGGCCCAACUUUAACACUCCUCAAGCACUACGGUUUGAGGAACCACUGGCCAACUUGCUAAAUGAGCAACAUCGUACAAUGAAGGAGCUACUUGAGCAGCUGAAGUUGAAGAAAUCUUCAGCCAAGCAGCAGCAGGAGGUAGAGAGGGUUAAACCUCAGACUGAGAAAGUUCCUCAGACUCUGAUUCUAGACCCAGCACAGAGGAAGAGACUCCAGCAGCAGAUGCAACAGCAUGUUCAACUCUUGACGCAAAUUCACCUUCUCUCCGCCUCCAACCCCAAUCUCAACUCAGAGGCCAGCACUACCAGGAUAUUUCUUGAAGAGCUGGGAACCUUUGCUCAAAGCUCCAUCACCCUUCACCAACAGUUCAACCCUAAGUUUCAGACCUUGUUCCAACCCUGUAACCUGAUGGGAGCUGUGAAGCUCAUUGAAGACUUCAACACACAUGUCAGUAUUGACUGGAGUCCUCGUAAAACUGUCAAGACAGGCUGUAAAUUUCCCUGUUUGCCAAAGCAAGUGGCUUGGAUCUUGGCCACAAGCAAGGUUUUCAUGUAUCCAGAACUACUUCCAGUGUGUUCUCUGAGAGCAAAGAAUCCCCAGGAUAAGAAUUCAUUCACCAAGGCUGAGGACAAUUUGUUAGUUUUAGGACUGAAGCACUUUGAAGGGACUGAGUUUCCUAAGCCUCUAAUCAGCAAGUACCUUCUUACUUGCAAGACUGCCCACCAACUAACAGUGAGAAUCAAGAACCGCAGCAUGAACAGAGCACCUGACAACAUCUUCAAAUUUUAUAAGAAGACCAAACAGCUGCCCAUCUUAGGGAAGUGUUGUGAGGAAGUCCAGCCACAUCAGUGGAAGCCACCUAUGGAAAGAGAAGAACACCGGCUUCCGUUCUGGUUAAAGGCCAGUCUGCCGUCCAUCCAGGAGGAGCUACAGCGCAUAGCUGAUGGUGCCAGAGAGGCAGGAAAUGUGACUGGAACCCCAGGGAUCAAGCCGGACCCAGACCUAGGAAAAGGCAGCUCAGAAUUGGGGAGUGAGACUCGGUACCCACUGCUAUUACCUAAAGGUGUAGUCCUGAAACUGAAGCCAGUUGCCAACUGCUUCUCCAGGAAGGGCUGGAGACAGAAGCGGUCAUCAGCCCUGAAGCCCCUCCUUAUCAGACCCAGCCCCUCUCUCCAGCCUAACUCCAGUUCUGGGAAAAUACCACUUAGGUCAACUCAGUCAGAAGCCCCUCCAAGCAAAAUGGUGGUGCGGAUUCCUCACACAAUCCAGCCAGCCACCAUCCUACAGCCAGUACCAGCUGUCCCUCCACUGGGGGUUACUGGAGGCAAUAGUUUUGAGUCUUCAACAGUACUGCCUACCAUACCCCCUGAUUCCAGGACCAGCUUCCCUCCAUCUGAGCCCCAGACCCUCCUGUCCUCUGCUCCUGUGCCCAAGAUAAUGCUGCCCUCACUUGCUCCUUCUAAGUUUCGAAAGCCAUACGUAAAACGAAGAGGCCCAAAGAGAAAGGGGGCCAAGACCUCUCUCUGUUUGAAGUCUGUCCCCCUCAUCAACUCUGCACCUGUCAUCUUCACUGUUCCCGCCACCACUGUGAAGGUUGUGAGCCUUGGCAGUGGCUGCAACAUGAUUCAGCCUGUCAAUGCAACUGUGGCCCAGAGUUCUCAGACCCUUCCCAUCACCACCCUGUUAGUUAACCCCACUUCCUUCCCCUGUACAUUGAACCAGCCCCUUGUGGCUUCCUCCAUCCCACCCUUAAUUGUUUCUGGCAACUCUAUGAAUCUUUCUGUACAGUCCACCCCUGAAGAUAAAGCCCAAGUGAGUAGGGACGUUGGUUGUCCUUUGGAUGAAGGGAAAAAUACCUUUCAAGGCCUAGUACCCAAAUUAGAACCACAGGAGCUAUCUCCUCUCUGUGCUACCAUCUUCCCCAAAAAGGAGCACAGCCCAGAGCCCCCAUCAUCAGAUAGAGUGGGCCAGGAGGAACUGUUGGAGAACAGUGCCUAUGUCUGGACCGUUGUGAAAACGGAGGAGGGGAGGCAAGUUGUGGAACCACUGCCCCAGGGCUUCCAGGAAUCUGGGAGCUCUCCUGGAGAUGUAGAGAAAAUUGUCAAGGUGGAGCCUAAAGAUUGUGGGGAGGAGAUCGCCAGUGGAUGUCCAGAGCAGACCAUUUGUGAUGAAAUCAAAGAAGAAUACUCGGUGGAAUUGGACCCUGGCUCCCCUAGUGAGGAGUCAAAGGGUACAAGAGAAGCAAAGAAACAGACGGUCUUACAAAAAGAGGAGGAGAAGAGUCAACCACCUGUAACACCUUCAGCUUCUCAAGAGCCUUCUGAUGGAGGAAAUUCAGGAAAUGUGAGCAAAGAAUCUCCGAAGAAUGCAUCGUCCUCCGCUCACCCUGAAAUGGUGCUUAGCAGCCCCCCAGGGAAACCCGAAGACUUAGCCAGCAUUGACAGUCAGUCAGUGGAGACCCCGGCGGGGCUGGAAACUGGAGGAGAAAAGGAGGGGCCGGAGGAGGAGGAAGAAGAGGACUUUGAUGACCUUACCCAGGAUGAGGAAGAUGAGAUGUCAUCAGCUUCUGAGGAGUCUGUGCUCUCUGUCCCAGAACUCCAGGAAACAAUGGAGAAACUGACUUGGCUCGCAUCAGAAAGGCGCAUGAGUCAGGAGGGUGAGUCUGAGGAAGAGAACUCUCAGGAAGAGAACUCUGAGCCUGAAGAAGAGGAGGAAGAAGAAGCCGAAACAGAAGGAAUGGAAAGCCUGCAGAAAGAGGAUGAAAUGACAGAUGAAGCCAUAGGGGACCCUGCCGAGAAACCUCCUACCACCUUUGCUUCACCCCAGACCGCUCCAGAAGUGGAGCCCAGUAGGACCCCACCAGGAGAAAGCAUCAAAGCUGCUGGAAAGGGCCGGAGUAAUCAUCGAGCUCGGAACAAGCGGGGCAGUCGGGCCCGGGCCAGCAAGGAUACAUCCAAGCUGCUGUUGCUGUAUGAUGAGAACAUUCUCGAGAGGGAUCCACUCAGGGAACAGAAGGAUUUGGCCUUUGCUCAGGCUUAUCUGACCAGGGUACGAGAGGCCUUGCAGCAUAUUCCUGGCAAGUAUGAGGACUUCCUUCAGGUUAUCUACGAAUUCGAGUCAAGUACUCAGAGGCAGACGGCUGUGGAUCUCUACAAAAGCCUGCAAGUUCUACUCCAAGACUGGCCUCAACUCUUGAAGGACUUUGCCGCUUUCCUGUUGCCUGAGCAAGCUCUGGCCUGUGGAUUAUUUGAGGAGCAGCAGGCUUUUGAGAAGAGUCGCAAGUUUCUCCGGCAGCUGGAGAUUUGCUUUGCAGAGAACCCCUCACACCACCAGAAGAUUAUCAAGGUCCUCCAAAGCUGUGCAGACUGCCUGCCCCAGGAGAUCGCUGAGCUCAAGACACAGAUAUGGCAUCUCCUCAAGGGCCAUGACCAUCUGCAGGAUGAGUUCUCCAUCUUCUUUGACCAUCUGCGCCCAGCAGCUAGCCGGAUGGGUGACUUUGAAGAGAUCAAUUGGACUGAGGAGAAAGAGUACGAGUUUGAUGGCUUUGAAGAAGUGGCUCUGCCUGAUGUGGAGGAAGAAGAGGAACCUCCCAAGAUACCCACAACCUCAAAGAACAAAAGAAGAAAGGAGAUUGGGGUCCAAAAUCAUGAUAAGGAAGCUGAGUGGCCAGAUGGUGCCAAAGACUGUGCCUGUUCAUGCCAUGAAGGAGGUCCUGACUGCAAACUGAAGAAGAGCAAAAGGAGAAACUGUAGCCACUGCAGCAGCAAGGUCUGCGACAGUAAAUCCUACAAGAGCAAGGAGCCGAAUGAGUUUGGGGGUGGCAGCCCCCAACGAGAGGCCAGUCCUAUGCUUGGUGCUAAGGAAGCUCGGCAGGGCAAGGACGUGAUGGAGGAGGAAGCUCCAGAGGAACGGGAAACUAUUGAGACUACCCAGGGCAGGACAUGCCAGAGUACCCAAAAAGGAGAGAUGCCUAUUCCAGGAUUAGCAGUGGGAGGCACUUUGCUUUCCCCUCAAGAACGGACUCUUGCAGAACCACAUCUCCUCCUAGAUGGCCAACUGCCCUGCUCGCCAGAGACUCCUCAGCUUCCCUCCAAAACUGGAGCUGAAUCAGCCACCAUUGGGAUGGAGCAGGCUGGCCCUGAGAUUCUCUCUCACCCUGAAGCAUCCCUCAGGCUUCAGAAUGAGGGGAAGGACCAUAAGGCAGUGGGUGACUUGGAGGCUUCCAUGCUGGUCUGCGAUGCUUCAGAAGCUCAUAAAUGGCCUGGAACUGUUGAACCUUCUGCUCCCUUUAUGAAUCCUAUUUCCUCAAGGACCAGAGAUGUAGGGAGAAGACAGGUGUCUGGGAGACCAGAUACUCAGGAGAGCUGGCAGCCUUCAGGCAAAGCCGGGGUGAAGACAUCAGACAAGAAGUCCCUUGCCCAUGAAUUUUCACUAGGAAUUGAUACCCCAGAGACUUUUCCCAAAGCCCCUAAAGGAGGUUUGACUAAAGACAGUGAAAUACAGGGCAAGGGUCCAGAGGGGGAGCAGCAAGCAAAGGCCACAGAAGUCACAGUAUGUGCAAACAACAGCAAAGUCAGCUCCACUGGGGAAAAGGUGGUCCUGUGGACAAGGGAAGCAGACCGUGUGAUUCUCACCAUGUGCCAGGAGAAAGGAGCGCAGCCCCAGACUUUUCGCAACAUUUCCCAGCAGCUAGGAAAUAAGACCCCUACUGAGGUCUCCCACCGUUUUCGAGAACUCAUGCAGCUCUUCCACACCGCCUGUGAGGCCAGCUCUGAGGACGAGGAUGACGCAACCAGCACCAGCAACGCAGACCAGCUGUCCGACCACGGAGACCUUCUGUCUGAGGAGGAGCUGGAUGAAUGAGACUCGGAGUGUAGGUGUUCUGUGAAUAGGAGCCACCCCACUGGCACCCAGUAAGGAAUAGGGUGCCUGUACCUUGCUUGUAUACCCCCCCGUGCUCAGUUUGCAGAGCUGGAGGAGCAAGGGCUGAGGACAAGGACAGAGGCAGGCUGAGGGUGUUCAUGGCCUUCCCAGCGUCUGCCUUACUCAAGGUGUGCUAUGAAGUCUUUAAAAUUACUCUGUAAAUAGCAUUGAGGGAGAGUGGGGCUCAUUUCCUUUUCUACUCUUUUUAAGCUUUUUGUCAUUGUGUCUAAGGUACAGCGUUUCUAAAUGUAAUAAGUGCGUAUGUUGUAGCCAGUCCCAGACACUGAGCUCCUGCAUCCAGCACUUUUUAUUCUAAACUAGUUCCUUCCUUUUCUUGGAACUUUAGUCCAUGAGGCUAUCACCACCCUGGUAGCACUGGGCCAGACUCUGUAGGUCCUGCAACAGCUCCUCAAGGUCGCCCUGUUCCACUCCAGCAUCCAUGAAGCUGGCCCAGCGCCGCAGGUCAAGUUUGGUGAGGUCCUUGGCCAAGUCUCCCAGAGUCUGAUUCAAGGAUGCAGAGGAGCAGAGGGCCCCAAGCACUGGGAUGCUCUCCACUGCUGCAAAGAGACAGAAACGGGAAACCCGUAAUUGGGUCGUUCCACUCUGAGACUCUGCCGUAGAGACAGGAAAGUCUGGGUCUUUAUUGACUGGAUUGUAAAGUAAACUGAGUAAGUUUUGUGCACUGCCCCCUUAGUAUACCAGUACUCCAAAAGAACACUUCUCUUGAGGAACUGUAGAGUGAAUAAAGGGAUUUUUGUGA